CACCGUCUAGCGCCUCCCACCAAUGCAAUAAACCAGCACCUCUCACUGCCCCAAUUCUUCCCAGAUAGACUGUACGCAGCCUCCGGUCCGGCCGCAAUGGCCUCCAACGCAAAGUCUUUCCAGAAAGUGCUGGAUUCAACAGCACUUGCGGCCACGAAAUUCAUCCGCCGGCCACCGAUUGAUCCGAAAACACCAAUUCAAGGAAAGCCCCGAGUACCAGGCUCAAAUGCAUUCAAAGAGCACCAGGACAAGGAAGGUCGACGGUUACAGAAGGCCUUGAACUCUGUCAGCCACGGCAAGAACAUCUUCGUGUACAACAACAUCCGCACGAAACAGGUCGUGUACUCAUUGACUCGCUAUCUGGAGAAAACCAACCUCCUCAAGCAAUGUGUCAACCACGGCAAGAAGACCAUUCCCGCCACAGUCCGCAAGGAUAUGUGGGUGCCAUACUUUUCUGUGCACUUCAACGAGGCGCAAGUCGGACUGAACGUCUAUAACCACCUUCGGCAAUUCGCGCUGCUGCGCCAGCUCUCCCCGCCCAAAGAAAUGAUCACCGUGACACAAGAAUACCUCGAUUCGAAGCGGCCGGUAGAUCUAAGGGACCAGAAGCAAUGGGACAAGGAAAACAUGGGAAGACUGGGCCAGAUCAUGAUGAAGAAGGAGCGUGCUUAUGCCCUCAUGAACCAGAAGGCCACGGCGAUUGCCGACAUUGCUUUCGUUCUGCAGAAGCACAGGGACCAUAUCGUGGAGGGUUUCCCGGAGAGCUCCAAGUCUGGAUACAAGACUCUCAAGGCCCGUAAGCGCAGACGUGCGGCUCUUCUGCAGGAGGCUGAGCAGGCCAAGGAACGUGCGGGCGAGGUUGCAUCGCUCGAAGAGCAGCUGCAGGUUGAGAUUAGCACGGAUCACAGCGCUCCACAGGAGCAGAGUGUCAAGAUCUUGUGGCAGGAUACGUACGAUGCGCAGUUUGCGAAGAACUGGCCGGAUUACAUUGAGCACGGUCAGCUGCGCUGGACUCGAAACCACAUGAUUGGCCAGGAGGACCUUCCGGUUCCUAGCGAGGAUAUCAUCGCCGAUGGUUCGUUUGAACAGGCGUAGACGUUUGGCGUCAUUGAGGUUCUUCUUCUCUCCUGUCCAUCGCUCAUUCUAGAGCAAAGUGGGACGUUUUGUGUGUUGAUAUCCAUUUUCCUCUGGCUUUUGGCCUGAUGGUUGGUGCUUUUUGUAUUUUCUCUCUUGUUUUUCUGUCUAGCUUAUCCUAGCAUUCAUAAAUUGUACUUUUAGAUAUAUCAAAUCACAAGAAGAUACGGCCACCUCUAAGUGGUCUCUUCUUUUGACAUCUUUUCUAGGGUCCUGUUUAUGUGUGAUUUCUU